AAAAUUGGUCUUAGUCAGCGUUUAACAAGGCUCCUGUUAGGCAUAGAGGCGGUGGCUCCUCGCAGGCAAAUUGUUCAGUCCAGUGAGUGCUCACUAACGUGCGCCACCGUUCCUGUAGCACACCUCCAGACACCCGCAGUAAGACCGGAGACAUCGCUAUCACUAUUCCUGGCGUCUGGUCAACAUCCCCACUGUAGGAGUGACUUUAAACUGUAUGCAGAGCCUUGGAGAUGCAUUAUGUUGCAAACAAUCUAUGCGCACAGCACUAUUAAUGGAUCGUGGCAUUAACUACUCAGGGAAGUGUAAAUGCAUCUUUGCUUUUCAUUUACACCCUUCACGGAGUGGAUACGGUGGCUUAUUAUUGUCUGCGGAGAGUAAAGUCUCAAACUGCGGCCAAGUCACAUGGGAGAAGUAACCAAACACUCUCGCUUUGAAACAGAGCUCCAAAAGUGCGGAUGCGCCGAAUGCGUGGAUAUCUGCUGAUUGAAUAAAUACUACGAGCUCUUGUGUUACCGCAGACAAGGGGAGGGCAGAAGGGGCGCGGAGGAAGGCUGACCUAACGUGUUUAAGCACCGCGGACAGCGGCGUACACCACUGACUAUUCAUGCUGUCGAGAAGUCCAGCGGCUCUUCUUCUCACUCGCUUCUGACGUGAGAGUGACCAACUCUUUUUUUUCCUGGGGGGAGAGCAGCCAAGUCUCUCUGCGCUAAGUUUUAACGACGAAUCGCUCCGGAACCUGAGCAAAAAUUUUCCUGCCGAAGGAUGGAUUGAACGACACCGCUCUCGGUGGGUGUAGAGCGGGUCCUCCUGUACUCUUUCCAGUAGCCAGGAACAAUGUCCGAUCGAGGAUGUGUACCAGCCGGAAGAUCAUCUGGAGUCUGCUGGUUCUCUCUGUUUUGGAGAUAGGGCUGGGUAUCUCCAGCAUCGUCUUGGGUGCGGUGGGCAUCAGUCGGGUACGGCCCGACCAGAAGACGCAGCAAGGGGACGCGUCUCCGGUGUGGAGCGGGAUGUGUUUCCUCCUCUGUGGCCUGUGUGGGAUGGUCUGUGCGAAGAAAAGAACCGGCUUGGUUAUGAUCCUCUUCUCCGCCUGCUGCAUCUGCGGGCUGAUCGGCGGCAUCCUGAACUUCCAGUUUGUGCGUGCGGUGAAGCGGCCGGGCUCGCUGCCCUCGCUGCACAUGGCGGCCAUGACCCUGACCUGCCUGGGCAUCAGCAGCUGCACUCUGAGCACCUGGCUCACCUGCCGACUGGCCAGCACCGAGCAGCAGAGGAUGUUCCUGGAGCGCGAGCACUCGCUGCACCACUCCCACGAGAUGACCGAGAAGCAGGAAACCCUAGACAACUCGAGUAAUGGGAUCCCACAGAUUUCCUACAAUGGACGGAGUGGGUCACCAUGACAAUGUGGAAAACCCAUUGUUACAUCACUGAAGUCGUGCCGUGGACAUACCGGUGUUUCAACAUGGCGUUUCAACAGACCCUGGGCUGCAAAAUCAGGGAUGAGGGAAAUGUACAACUUCCACGGAGGAGAGCUAUUAGUGACCCUUUCACAAUGCUGACUUGUGGAAUGAUGUGUCAGGUUUUAGGAUGAUAGCAGGACCUUGAAAGUACCUUGCCAAUGGAUGGACCAUUGAUUGGGGAGGGUCUAGUUGCUUGGUGACCUCUUUGGCCAAGGCAGUCAAUUGGUCUCCUGUAUGAAAUCGAGCAUAAUCUAGCACAAUACAAGCAUGCAAACUGUUCACACCUCGCUCUCUCUCUCUUUCUCUCUCUCUCUUUCUCUCACUCUGUAUCCAUCAGUCUCUCUCUCUCUCUUUCUCUCUCUCUUUCUCUCACUCUGUAUCCAUCAGUCUCUCUCUCUCUCUUUCACUCGGUCUAUUUAUCUAUCAAGAUCUUGAGUCCCUCUCUACCUCUCCUUUCAAAGUCUCUUUACCUCCUCUUGUAUGUAAACUGAUAUUCUCCCUCAUCCUUUAAUUGUCUAUCAUUCCUGACCAUAGAUGAAGGGAAUGUUGAAUCUGAAAUAGCUACCCUGAUAUUGUACGGAACAUUGAAUGCGUUUAUCUAAAUCUUGCAGCACAUUGUACAAUGCUUGUACAUGAAGAAAAAAUCCAUUUAUGA